AUGCGGCAAGGGGAACAUGUCUCAACGUUCCUCACGUUCAUCGACGCUGGCCCAUUAGAAGAGGCCCGGGCGCAGCAGAUGCGGAGAGAGAUCAGGUCGCAUGUUGCCCGUGUUGUUGUAUCGCGCCAUUUGUCGUCCCGCCCAACUCAACAGCCAUCGCACAAAAAGCGCCGCCAGGCAAAUCCCUCCUGGAAUCUUCGCGUCGGUCCACGCGCCCGCCCGGCCACGAGCCCCAAGGAACAACCUGAAGAGCCAGUGCUUAUAGAAGAAAGACCGCCGACUCCACCGCCUGCCCGGGCUGCAACGAGCAAUAUUCGGCUCCUGACUGCACCCUCUGCCGCGAGCAUGAUCCCAGCCUCAAAGAGCCCGAUUUACCAUCAUCCUCUUGUUCCCGCAGCGCUGGAUAAUUACCUAAAGCACCUCGCCGUGGCCGUGCCUGAGCUCGAUGGCGAGAGCCAGUCGGCACUUCUGCCGACCCUCUGGUUCCCCAUGGUUCUCAGCUCGCCAAUCGUCUUCCAAGUCAUUGUGUUGUUCUCGGCGUCUCAUUAUGCGGCGAGGCAGAAUGAUACGACGUUGGCUGAGACGCUACUGCGGUUCAAGCAAUGUGCCAUUUCCGGCAUUACACAGGCCCUUUCUCCAGCGUCCAAAGGUAUGGCGCUGCGGGACGAGAUUAUCGCCGCUGUCGCCAAAAUGGCGAGCUACGAAGCCAUCUUCGGGGACGAGAGCGCGUACCACUGUCACAUGGAAGCCGUGGAAAAGAUGUUGGAAGGAAGAGGUGGACUGGCUGCUCUGGGGCUGGAAGGCUUCCUGUCACGGCUGCUGGUAUUCAUUGAUACCAACUCGGCAUUUCUCCUCAACACCCCGUUGCAUCUGAGUGGUUCGUCCCUACCAAAACCGGCAAAUCAGUUCAUUGUGCCGCCGAACCCCAGCCGCUUCAUCGGUGAGGUCUAG